CGAGGAACAGCGAGCGUUCAGUCGCGUCCGUUUAUCGAGGUUAGUCGAGCCAUGUUGGACCGCGCGAGGUGUCGGUUUCUGUACGUGCGCUAAGGAUCCAUUUAUUUAUACGAGAUCAAGUAUAAUUAAUACGCGCCAGAGGCACUCGCAAAACUGAAAAUCUCUCUGGCAAAAGUAUUCAGUCCACGCAAACUAUGCAGAGUAUUCGUCAGUGUGUCAGGAAUUUAGCGUUGUGCGGCAGGUCCGCGAUCAACAGGACAAAUGUACUGUCGACCGCGACGAGUCUCGCGCCAGCACGCGGGUUUCACGUUUCCGCGACGUGCAGCACAAAUUUGCGGAAUUAUCGACCGCCUAAGGGAUUUCUAAAAUACAAUAGGACUGUAUUUCCACCCCAAAAGCCGGAUGAAGAGAGAAGACCCGCUUACGUCUGCCACAUGAAAGCCAACAUAAAAUACAGUCUCAAGAAGAUGUGGUAUGUCGCGAUCUUAGUGCGAGGAAUGUCCGUGGACGAGGCUGUGAAGCAGCUGAGUUUUCUACACAAGAAGGGCGCCGAAAUCGCCAAGGAAGUUAUAUUAGAAGCCCAACGCUUGGCUGUGGAAGAGCACAACGUUGAGUUUAAGAGUAACCUGUGGGUCGCGGAAUCGUUCUGUACCAAGGGUAUCGUAAUAAAGGGCCUACGGCGUCACGCUAGGAGACGCAUGGGAACCAUACACUACAGGUACUGCCACUAUUACGUACGGCUGGAGGAAGGACCGCCGCCCAAACAUUAUUACCUGCCGUAUCCCAAGACCGGCGAGGAAUUGUUGGACGAUUACUUGAAAGAGCUGCACACGCGCAAAAUACCGAAUUCUUUAUAAUGUUACGAAUACUGUAAAUAUAUACCAAAUAUACAAGAUUGAGAUGGGAAA